AUGACCUCCAGUAAAAUACCUGUAGUCGGAAUAGUCGCAGCCUUGCUGCCUGAUCUAGGGAUCGGGUUCCAGGGCAAAUUACCAUGGCGUCUCUCCAAAGAAAUGAAAUACUUCAGAGAGGUGACUUCGCUCACCCGCGACCCGCAAAAGACCAAUGCCGUUGUGAUGGGUCGGAAGACAUGGGAGUCAAUUCCAGCGAGAUUCAGACCUUUACCCAACAGAAUCAACGUCGUUAUUUCAAGGCAAUUUCCAGAGACACUCUGUAAAGAGACCCUCCAAGAAGAUAAAGAAACCUACAAGUCAAACUCCCUCCAGCUCGCUAUACAGCAGUUGCAAUUUCAACUGGGCGCACAGUUAGAGAGGAUAUACAUCAUCGGUGGCGGCGAAAUCUAUAACCAAGCGUUCGAUCUCGUGGACUAUUGGUUGAUUACGAAACUAGACCUUGCGCCAGAAGACAGUGGCAUAGUGAAACCAGUCAUGGACACGUUCUUGAAUAAGGACACGCUACUGCAGAAGUUUCAAGAAUGCAGCCACGACCAAUUGCUGCCAUUUCUACCGGAACGGGUGACUUUACCUGACUACAACACCAAAAACGGAUACUCAGCGGAAGAGAACGGGUACGUGUUUCACUACUCGCUGUACUCGAGAAAGUGA